GAUGCCAGACAUGGAUGGAUCUGAGGGCAACAGGAAAGUGGUAGUGAGGAAGACAAGGAAGGAAGAGAAAGGAACAUAGAGCUAAAGAGCACAAAGAGACAGAGAAGGGAAGCAUCAAUGAAACAUACAUAUUCUGUCCUAACCAGCUAGCAGCCAGCCAGCCUCUACCCUCCCACUCCUUUCUCUCCCUUUGUCUUUUCUCAUCCCUCCUCUCACUGAAUAUAUGCAAGUAGACAAGGCGGACUUCCUCUCUCUCAUGCUGUUCUCUUCUGCAGACAGGAACAUUAUCCCUCUGUCUCUGGAUGAGGGAACUGCAUACUGAAAGUGCUUGCAACCAACUGCUGGGACCCGAAUGAAGUGCAGCCUGUCUCCUGAAAAAUCGUCCUAUUUUUGUGGGACAUUUGCUGCAGACUAACCAAUCAGCAUCUCCGCAUCUUUAUUUGUAAUGCUGCCUGAAGAGUAACUUGGACAUAUUUAGCUUCCUUUCUUCUUCCUCUUUAUUUUCUCCUGUGUUGCUCUUGUUGACCAGCAUGAUUUUCACCACAGCUGCUGUCCUUGGUGCCACGCUGGGCACUGCGUCAGGCAUCCUCACUCUCUGUGGGCUCUCACUGAUCUGCAGGUCCUGUAAGAAAGGCAAGCUGGAAAGUGGUGAAGAUGCAGACCCAGAGAAGGCUAAACCCAGUGUUCUGCACUCCUCACAGCAGUUCAGUGUGGAAAAAUCCACAGAGCCCAUCCAACCAAGGACAUUGUUGAAAUUUCCCAAAAUAUACAAGCCCAAACCGUCUGUGACCUCAUCUGAGGUCAUCAGCUACCCUGAUCAUGCUUCAGAGAAGGGGGGCGAACCCUCUCCCGAGGGACCCUCGACUGAGCCUGAUGCUGGUAACCAAGCAACGGACAGCUCUGACACAUUCACGAUCCUCAGACAAGACUCAAAGGACGAAACCCCCUGUGCCAGGGAUCUUACCAAUGGGAUGACAACAAGCAGCUCCAUCUUCCACCCUAAGCUGCAUUUCUCUCUCACCUAUUAUACUGACCAGAACGAGCUACAUAUCACCGUGAUAGAAGCGGAGCAUUUGUGUGUGGGGUCGGGCUGUGAGGGCUAUGUGGCCGGAGUCCUGACCUUUGCAGCAGGACAGAGGGAGGCCCAGACCUCGUCGCGACGCCUGACCAGCCACACCCGCUGGGAGGAAGGAUUGGUGUUCUCCCUGCCAGGAGGGUAUGAGGUGGAGGGCGAAGUGGCUCUCUCCCUGCACAGUUGUGACCGCUUCUCUCAGAACACCAACCUCGGCGUUAUGAGGUUCAAGCUGGUUGAUGUGGGCAUGAUGUCCAACGCAGACUGCUGGGUCGACCUUCAACCACCAAAACAGCAGGAUGUCCAGUCAGCGGGAGAGCUCCUGCUGUCCAUAAGUUACCUGCCUGCAGCCAACCGGCUGGGAGUAGUGGUGAUGAAGGCUAGAGGACUACAGUCGGACAAGCUGAAGGACUCCAUAGACCUGUCUGUGAAACUGGCCCUGAAGCACCAGACUACCAAGCUGAAGAAGAAGCAGACGCGACGGGUCAAGCACAAGAUGAACCCAGUGUGGAAUGAGAUGAUGAUGCUGGAGGUUCCCCGCGAGCUGCUAUCUAAAUCCAGUCUGGACUUGGAGGUUUUGAAUCAGGCAGGUCCUGGUGAGCAGGAGUCCCUGGGCCGCUGUCAGCUGGGUUUACAUGCCUCUAAUACUGGCCUCCAACACUGGCAGCAGAUGCUAGACAACCCCCGUAAGCAGAUCGCCAUGUGGCACCCAUUGUAUGACUAAGAUAACCACCUGUCCGCUUUGCCAUUCCAAAUACCCAAAUAGUAUACCACACAUAAAAACAAGGCUGGACUGAGUAAUUCCGGAUCCUGCCUUCCUGGAUCAGGAUUUAAGAGCCUAAAUCUAUGUAUCCACUUAUAUGGAAAUGGAAAUAUAUAUAUAUAUAUAUAUAUAUAUAUAUAUGGAAAUGAUAUGGAAAUGAUCCCAUUGCCUGCCAUUAUUUAUCCCACAGCAGCCUAUAACAUGUCAGCAAUAGUAUACACCGAACUGACAUAUCACUGGAUAUCACAGAAUUUCCCAAGAUUUCCAACUAUGAACACAUUUAAUAUAUUCAACGAAACUCAUCAAUGCAAUGUAAUACUUGUAGUACCUAUACUUAACCACCUCUAUGAUCUGUUUCUAUAGCUGAACAGAAUACACAUGAUAAGUAAUGUCUGUGUUUCUGUGGUAUGGGGGAUUAUGUGUAUGGUAUGUAAUGAUAUGAUUAACACAAGUGAAUUAUUCUACAGUAGAGCUGUCAUUGUAUUUGUAAAGUGAUGUAUUCACACACUUGGAAAGCAAUGGAGAAAAUGCGCCGAGCAGAAAGUAAAAAGCCUGCCAAUAUUGAAUGGAUCGGAGAUUCAAAAGCCCUGUGAUGGAAUUACAGGCGACUAUACGUUUUAAAGUUGAACUCAUUACACAGGGUCUUAAAACGGCAGCUAAAGUUAUAGAAAUUAUGGAUAAAAAAAAUCAUGCAGUGUUUAUUCAGGUAAUAUACGGUAUUUGUCAUUUUUAUGAAUAUGCGCAGCUGUAUUUUAUCUUUGGAGAAUACGAGAGUUGUUACACAUGUUAUAUUCAAAGUAGUUCAAUACAACUAUCAACUUAUCCCAUUUUCACACCUGUUUCCAUUCAACCCACUUUGCUUCAGUUAUUAUGUACAAAAGGUAUUUUUCUCCCGUGUAGUUUUGCUUGUACGUAGCUUUUGUCAAGUGAAGUGCUAUAGACUGAGCCAGUGAGAAACAUACUGUGUCAUUUGAAACUUUACAUACGGACACACGACAUGUGUGUGAAAAUAAAAAAAGCUACCUGCACGAUCUUCGAAAUAUGUAAUGCCAAAUGCCAAAUGCCACUACCGUUAUCAUGCUGAGAUGAAGUUACACAUUAAUAUCACCCAUCCAAGCCAUUUCACAAAAAAACUAAGAUUUACUGUAACAGACCGGGAUAUAAUCAAACUAUGGCUAGUUCACAUGCACGUGUUGUAUUUACAAGAACACUGGUAAUACUGUAUGCUGAGUUGUUUGUUGUUGUUGUAAAUCAUGUCACUCUUCAAGUGCAACAAGGGAUUCAUCUCUCUCAAUACACCUACGUAAAUCCUAUUCACAGUACGUAGCCUACUCCUUGACUCACAAUCACAGGCUUGUAUUUUCUGCUGAAAAAAAAAUGUGUUGCAGUUUCCAUUUUAAAACAAAUGUAUAUUUUUUUUGAUGAAAUUAUUUCAACAAAUGUCUUAUUUUGUGUGCUUAUUGUACUUAGGCCUUAGGUCAUCAUUUGUAGAUAUUAGUCAUUUUUUAAAGACAUAUCUUCAUGAGACUGAUUGAUCAUUUGCCAGAUUGCUUUAGGAUGCCAUGGCCAUUAUAUUCCUGCCUAUUUGUUAAGAUAUGAACAAUCUACUGUGUAAGUAGUGCAACCAUUAUGCAUGCGAUGGUGUGCAAAGCGCAUACACUUUAUAGCCCUAAACAACAGCACUUCCAACUAAUGAUGUAGCUACAUUGUUAUGUAAAAUAACUGGUGCAGAUGCAGUGGUUGGAUAUAAAGCUACAAUAAAUCAUCCAGCAUUUC